GAGCUUCUCCGGCAGAUCUAUGCCUUUACUAUUCCGCCGGGCAAUCCUCUGCUAAAAAAUAGUGGAGUGGGUAGGUAGGCUGCCAAGGCUGACCAAAUUUGCCUCCUCUAGGUAUUCUUUUUUUCGAGGUGACCAAUUCUUUUUUUUAAGUGUGCCACUGAAGACGUGAGUCAUUUGAAUGCAUGGUCUAACUGGAUUGGAACCUCCCGCUUUUAAAGAAGAUUUUUACAGGGCGUUAGUGGAGGAAUUUUGAAUUGUCUAUUGAAGAACUGACAUCAGGAUGUAAAUUGGGCUUUUUCUUCAAUUUUCACUCUAAGCCUUCUCAUAUACUUUAAAACAGAGCGGUGUCGAGGCUAAAUGUUGUAAAAGGCGGUGGAGAGAGCUGCAAAAAUCGCGGAAUCAUCUAUGGAAUAUUUUUUUUUUUUUUUUUUUUCUUUUGUAGAAAUGCAAGGGAUUCCUUGGCUGUGUCAGGCAAGGUUACCAGGCUACUAUUUAAAAAGCCUUGCUGGACCAAGGAUCAUUCCCAGGGUUUCUUUUAACGUUACUGUCUGACAAAAAACCUGGAUAACGUGGACUCUAUCUGCAAAAUGAGUGUCUGUUUAAUUGAAUCAACCACAUGAGUAGCCUCUAAAUUGAGGUCACGUCAAGACUGGGAAGAAGACCAUUUCAAUAACCUCAUCUAGCUAAUAAAAGCUACAUUAGUUUGUAUUUUAAUAAUCUGUCAUUGAGACACGACGACAAAAUGGAUAACAAGGUCUUUGCUCCAUUGCUGGAGGAAUUCAUGCUUACUCCUUUGGUCGCCUGGGUGAAGACAGUCGGACAAUUAUCUACCAAGGAUGGUAGUAAACUGUCGGAAUAUGUUGAAUUAGUGGACGGUGUAUAUCUGAACGAGAUCAUGCUGGAGAUAAAUCCUAAAGCCACUGUUCAGAGGACCAACAAGAAAGUGAACAAUGACUCCACUCUGCGGAUCCAAAAUCUCUCCAUCUUGAUUCGUCAGAUUAAGACAUACUACCAAGAAACUCUUCAGCAGCUGGUCAUGAUGCCCCUGCCCAACGUGCUGGUGCUGGGCAGAAAUCCUCUGAGCGAGCAAGGUCUAGAGGAGAUGAAGAAGAUGCUCUUGCUGUUGCUGGGUUGUGCGGUCCAGUGUGAGAAAAAAGAGGAAUACAUUGAGAGGAUCCAGACUCUGGACUUUGACACAAAAGCAGCCAUCGCCUCACACAUUCAGGAGGUCACCCACAACCAGGAGAACGUUCUGGACCUGCAGUGGCUGGAAGGCGGCGAGUCUCUCCCCGAGGACCUGGACUCCUUUUCCAGGAGCAUGGCGUUCCACCUCAAGCGCCUGGUGGACGAGCGCGAUGACCAGCUGGAGACCAUCGUGGAGCUGACCCAGGAGAGGGACUGUGGGCAAUACUCCCCUCCAGCCCCAUAUGCUCAGUCUCCUGGCGACUCGCCCAGCAUGCGUCGCACCGAGAGCCGACAGCAUCUCUCUGUGGAGCUGGCCGAUGCUAAAGCAAAGAUCCGACGCAUCCGACAGGAGCUUGAGGAGAAGAGCGAGCAGUUGCUAGACUGCCGACAGGAACUGGAGAACAUGGAGUCUGAGCUGAAGAGGAUUCAGCAGGAGAACCUGCAGCUGCUGUCUGACGCACGCUCGGCAAGGGCCUACCGGGACGAACUGGACGCUCUGCGAGAGAAGGCCAUUAAAGUGGACAAGCUCGAGAGUGAAGUUGGCCGCUACAAGGAGAGACUACAUGACAUUGAGUUCUACAAAGCCAGGGUGGAGGAGCUGAAGGAGGACAACCAGGUGCUGCUGGAGACCAAGAGCAUGCUGGAGGACCAGCUGGAGGGCAACCGAGCGCGCUCGGACAAGCUGCACGAGCUGGAGAAGGAGAACCUGCAGCUCAAGGCCAAGAUCCACGACAUGGAGAUGGAGCGGGACAUGGACCGUAAGCGCAUCGAGGAGCUGCUGGAGGAGAAUCUGACGCUGGAGAUGGCUCAGAAGCAGAGCAUGGAUGAGUCCCUGCACUUGGGCUGGGAGCUGGAGCAGCUCUCCAAGACGCCCGACCUCACAGAGGUACCUCAGAAGUCUCUGGGCCAUGAGGUGAACGAGUUGACGUCGAGCCGUCUGCUGAAGCUGGAGAAGGAGAACCAGGAGCUGCUGAAGACCGUGGAGGCGCUGAAGGGAGACGAGCCCGGCGAACGCCUCCGCAAGGCUGACCGUGAGGUCAACAGGCUCACACAGAGGCUGGAGCAGCUGGAGGCUGAGUUGCGUGUGGACAGGGAGAGCCUGCGGAACGCAGAGAACCUGAGUACAGACCUGAUGAAGGAGAAGGCCCAGCUGGAGAAGACCCUGGAGACGCUGAGGGAGAACUCGGAGAGACAGGUGAAGGGGCUGGAGCAGGAGAACGAGCACCUGAACCAGACCGUUUCCUCCCUGCGGCAGCGCUCGCAGGUGGGCGCGGAGGCGCGCGUCAAGGACGUGGAGAAGGAGAACCGCGUCCUGCACGAGUCCAUCAAGGAGACCAGCGGCAAGCUCAACAAGCUGGAGUUCGAGCGCAAGCAGCUGCGCAAGGACGUGGAGCUGUACCGGGAGAAGGGCGAACGCGCCGAGGAGCUGGAGAUGGACAUGCAGCGGCUGGAGCGCGAGAACGAGACGCUGCAGAAGCGCCUGGCCUCACUGGGCAUCACCUGCGAGAGAGUGGAGGCGCUGGAGAAGGAGAACGCCGAGCUGGAGGCCGAGAGCCGCAAGCUGAAGAAGAAGGUGGACUCUCUGCGAGGGACGGCGUUCCAACUGGAGGCCCUGGAGAAGGAGAACGCGCAGCUGGACGAGGAGAACCUGGAGCUGCGGCGCGCGACGGAGAACCUCCGCUCGGUUGGCUCCAAGGCGGCGCAACUGGAGAUGGAGAACCGCGAGCUGGAGAACGAGAGGAGCCAGCUGAAGCGAAGCCUGGAGCUCCUCAAGGCCUCGUCCAAGAAGAGCGAGCGUCUGGAGGCCAGCUACCAGGGCCUGGACACGGAGAACCAGCGGCUCCAGAAGGCGCUGGAGAACAGCAGCCGCAAGAUCCAGCAGCUGGAAGGGGAACUCCAGGACGUGGAGUCCGAGAACCAGAGCCUGCAGCGCAGCCUGGAGGAGCUGAAAAUCUCCAGCAAGCGCCUGGAGCAGCUCGAGCAGGAGAACAAGGUGCUGGAGCAGGAGAGCUCGCAGCUGGAGAAGGACAAGAAGCAGCUGGAGAAGGAGAACAAGAGGCUGAGGCAGCAAGCCGAGAUCAGGGACUCCAAGCUGGACGACGACAACCAGCGGAUCUCCCAUCUCGAGAAGGAGAAUCGGGUCCUCAACAAGGAAGUGACCGCACUGAAAGAUUCCUGCAACAGGGUCAAAGACCUGGAGAAGGAGAAUAAGGAGAUGGUCAAACAGGCCACCAUUGAUAAGAAGACACUGGUUACGUUGAGAGAGGAACUGGUGAGUGAGAAACUGAAGACCCAGCAGAUGAACAACGAUCUGGAGAAACUGACUCACGAACUGGAGAAAAUUGGCCUCAACAAGGAGCGUCUGCUGCAUGACGAACAGAGCUCUGAUGACCGGUACAAACUGUUGGAGUCCAAACUGGAGUCGACGCUCAAGUCCUCGCUGGAGAUCAAAGAGGAGAAGAUCGCCGCCCUGGAGGCCAGACUGCAGGAGUCCUCCAACCUCAAUCAGCAGCUACGGCAGGAGCUCAAAACAGUGAAAAAGAACUAUGAGGCCCUGCGCCAGAGGGAAGAGGAAGAGCGCAUGGUGCAGAGCUCGCCCUCUAGAGGCGGGGAGGACUCCCAGGUGGUCCACAAGUGGGAGAAGGAGAGCCAGGAGGCCACGCGGGAGCUGCUCAAGGUCAAGGAUCGCCUCAUCGAGGUCGAGAGGAAUAACGCCACCCUGCAGGCGGAGAAGCAGGCGCUGCGCUCGCAGCUGAAGCAGCUGGAGACCCAGAGCAGCAACCUGCAGGCGCAGAUCCUGGCCCUGCAGCGGCAGACGGCCUCCCUGCAGGAGAACAACACCACCCUGCAGACCCAGAACGCCAAGCUACAGGUGGAGAACUCGACGCUGAACUCCCAGAGUGGCGCGCUGAUGGCUCAGACGGCGCAGCUGCAGAGCCAGCAGUCGAGCGCGGAGGGCGAACGCGACGGGGCACUGCGCGAGCGCGAGGAGCUGCGCUCCACCUACGAGCAGCUGCUCCGCGACCACGAGAAGCUGGCCGCGCUGCACGAGCGGCAGGCGGCCGAGUACGAGGCCCUCAUCGGCAAACACGGCGGCCUCAAGAGCACCCACAAGAGCCUGGAGGUGCAGCACCGCGACCUGGAGGACAGGUACAACCAGCUACUGAAGCAGAAGGACCAGUUGGAGGAGCUGGAGAAGGCCCUGAAGGUGGAACAGGAGAAAAUGCUGACCGAGAACAAGAACCACGAGGCCACCGCCGCCGAGUACCGCAAGCUGAAGGACGAGAAUGACCGGCUCAACCAGACGUACCAGCAGCUGGUGAAGGAGAACGAGGGCCUGCAGUCUGACCACAAGACCGUGAAGAGCCAGCUGAACGCCGCCAAGCUGGAGCAGACUCGUCUAGAGGCCGAGUUCUCCAAGCUCAAGGAGCAGUAUCAGCAGCUGGACAUCACCUCCACCAAACUGACCAAUCAGUGUGAGCUACUGAGCCAGCUGAAGGGGAACCUGGAGGAGGAGAACCGGCACCUGCUUGACCAGAUCCAGACCCUGAUGCUGCAGAACCGGACACUGUUGGAACAGACCAUGGAGAGCAAGGACCUGUUCCACGUGGAGCAACGACAAUACAUUGACAAACUGAACGAGCUGAGGAGACAGAAGGAGAAAUUGGAAGAGAAAAUAAUGGACCAGUACAAGUUCUACGACCCCUCGCCUCCACGCAGACGGGGCAACUGGAUCACCCUGAAGAUGAAGAAGCUGAUCAAGCCCAAGAGCCGCGAGCGCAUGCGCUCUCUGACCCUGACGCCCACGCGCUCCGAUUCCAGCGAGGGCUUCCUGUCCGUGCCACUGGACAGCCAGGACAGCUCGUCGAUAGGCUCCGGCUCCAACUCGCUCGACGACACGCUCACGCACAAGAGGAGCAACAGGAAGAGAAUGCAGCACACCCUAUCGCAGGGUUCCUCGACUGUGACAGCCCUGAAGCGGCUGCCCUUUAUGAGGAACAGGCCCAAGGAGAAAGACAAAGUGAAGGCCAUCUACCGUCGGUCCAUGUCAAUGAACGACCUGCUCCAGACCAUGGCGCAGGCCGGGGGCCAGUGGGCCGGAAGCACCGACAACCUGGACGGCCCGGAGGAGUCAGCCCCGGCAGGCCAGCGCAUGAAGGAGCUGGGCUCCAUGGCCUACUCCACCAACGCCAUCAACUACGCCACCCUCAGCCUGCCCGCCGGACACAGGAGCAAGCAGAAGCUCAAAAACAAAGACAACACUUCCUAUGAGGACGUCACCCCUACAUCCUCAGAGGACCCCAGUGGAACACGAGCACAAGGCCUGCAGCUCAUUAGCAGGGCCAAGGCGCUCUGUCCCUCCUCCUCCCUCGCCUCAUCCACCAUGUGCCGAGUCCCCUGUAACAUCUGUAGUACCUCCAGACCCGCCCGUCUCCAUAGUAGCAGGACCACCAACACUAGCAUUAGCUGUAAUAACUCCUUCCCCUUCUCCUCGCCUUUCAGUGUCAAAGCCUCCAGACCCGCCCGUCUCCAUAGUAGCAGGACCACCAACACUAGCAUUAGCUAUAAUAACUCCUUCCCCUUCUCCUCGCCUUUCAGUGUCAAAGGCGCGGCGGUCAACGGCAACCUGAGCCGGCCACACAGCGAGAGCAGCGGCGAGUUCAGCCUGAGCCUGGACACGGAGAUGGGCUCCAGCGGCAGCAGCCCCGUCCAGCGGUCAACCCACCAGAGCCCACUGCAGCUACGCAAGGCCCCGGAUGCCUCGGCCGGCCAGGUCCGCAGCAGGAAGGCCGGGUCACUCGGCAGCGAGGUAGUCUCUCUGCAGCAGUUCCUGGAAGAGAGUGUAGAGCCGGCGGAGUCGGGCAGCCAGGAGAACCUGACGGUGGAUUCCCCGCGCCUGUCGGGUGGCACUGAGCACGUGCAGAAGGAACGCGUGAAGGGCCGGGGCAUCCUGCGCUCCUCCAGCGGCCGAGUGUCGAGCGCGGGCAGUGGAGACAGCAGCGCCGGUCAAUCGCGUACCAGCGGCACCGUCCGCCCCAGCCUGCGUAAGGCGGAGAGCACGCGGGUCAAGGGCUCAGCCGCUCCCCGGUCCAGCCUCUCGACACAGGGCAAGGCCGUGUCCGUGUGCGAGCGGCUCGACUCGGCGGCGUCCUCGGGGGCGUCCGGUGCCGGUCUGCCGCGCGCCAGCAGCGUCAUCUCCACGGCCGAGGGCACCACGCGCCGCACCAGCAUCCACGACCUGCUGUCCAAGGACAGCCGGCAGCCCGUCUCUGUCGACCCCUCGCCCAAGGUGACCGCCAAGGCGCCGCGGCCGCUUCCUGCCGGCGAGUCCAGUGAGUACCAGCACCAUCACCAGCCCUACCCCCUGCUGACCAAUCCACGCCCACACUCUCAGUCUCACGCGUCACCACAGUCCAGCACCUCUGCUGCCCCACUGCUGCCCAAGUCCGUCAGCAUGCCCUGCACAGGCCUCACCCCCGCCCUAGGCCCUGAGGAGCCAGAGCUGUCCAGCCUGCAGGCCUUCCUAGGGCCCUCGUUCACCGUAGAUUCCGUUUUCAUGGACUCCAUCUUUAGCGAGCCGGUGUUCACGGGCAGUGGUAAGAACCAGGCCAUUCUCUCCCUCAACACCUCGCUGGUCAGUAACAUCAGCGGGCCGCCCCCCAAAGCCAAUCCCAAAGCCGGCCAGCCUAACGGGCAGCUGAACUCCACCAACUUGGCCAAUUGUAAGCCAGAGGGGGAAGGCAAUGGUGCAGAUCAUGUGAUUGGCACUGACCAAUCGCCUCCUGUGAGCUCAGAUGACAGCCAAUCACUGUGGUAUGAGUAUGGCUGUGUGUAAAUGUGGGUGUGCUGCGGUACAAUGUUUUGUCCUGCUUCUUUCUUCAUUUCAGGUGCAACCUCUGCAUGAUUGCUUUAACCCAAUCAUGUUAUUUUUUUUUAAUUAUUAUUAUUUUGUUGCCGUUGUCUUCCACUAUGUUUCCCUUACUUGAAGUUCACAACACUAUGCUUACCCUUUGGUUUGGUGUUUCUUUAAUUCAGUGGGUGUCCCCUCGACAAGCCUCUGUUUAAUCAGUCUGUCUGAUCUGGUCUGUUCUGGCUUGUAUGGAAACUGUUCCCUGUUUGCAUGCAUGCCAUUGUAAACCCCCCGUUGGGUCCUGAGUGAUUCUCAAACCCCUUGUUCAUUUGUUCUUGUCUUUUUUCAUUUUUUUUUUUUCCUCUUCACAAUGUGUUUUGGUAUGAAUAUAAGCUUCUCACAAAUAACACAAGUUACACAAGCACGUUAGAAACGGAGCAGAAGCAUUAAUAUUCCAAGUUCCCCUUAAUAUCACCCCUCUUGAAGCUCAUGUUGCCAAACUUAGCAGGAACUGUGCUACUUUGACAUUUAAAUUAAGCAAUUAGGCUUGUAGAACAAGUCCCUUGAUGGUAUGCCCUGCCCAAUGAAGGACUAUCUUGGAGCAUAUUGAACAGGCUAAAUAGCUUGUGAACUUUAGUUCUAAUCUAUGUAAUAUGACUUGGCCUUUUAGAAAAUUCAUUAUUAUUGAAAUACUCUUCCCAAACAUUUUGGUCAGCUUGUGUUUUGUGUCAUUGUUUUGUUUAGGUAUGUGGGAUGUGUAUCUUGUUCAAAAACCUUUUUCCCUCAUCUGAUACAUAAUUAACCUUUUCCACACAUUAUGCAAGGCUAAUACACAGCCUUUUCACUGCACUGCAUGGCUUCAGAAGGUCAUUGUGUUGAUCUUGACCCUCCAUUUUGAUUAACUUAAAUCAAAAUGAGUCAUUGUUAUUGUUCUUUGUGGGUUGUCCUGUUGGUCUGUUUGUUCCUUCCACUUCAGAUUCAGCGCAGUGUUGCGGUUGCACUUGAGCUGUCUGUGUUCUCAUAAAAUACAAUCAGUGUGGAGCAAUCAUUCAUACAAUGGCCUGGAUGCAGAGAAAGACACACACACACACACACACACACACACACACACACACACACACACAAUCUAGUAAAACAUUUGAUAAAAGUGGUCGGUAAAAGUUGGAAUUCAUGAACAUGGCAAUUAUGCUGGCUGUACAAAAUGUUGUCUCAAGUGUUGAAUGUAUCAUUGGAGAGAACAUGGGGAAUCUUCCUUUUUUAUUUAUGAUGGCUCCCCUGUCUACACUUACAGGGAUUCUUGCGGCUUAAUUUGAAGAGCAGUUAGUGUUCAUUGCCAAAUACACGUUAACUUAAACAUAGUGAAUUCAGCUAGAAAUUGCGCUGACAGGAAAGCAGUAGCAGGUGAUUGUGUUCGUGUAGAUUGUGUAGCUGCUUUUUAUAUUUAUUUUAAAUUGUUUUCCGGCGUCAUUAAAUGCAACUUCUAUUUAUCGUGUACAUAUAAAAAUAUCUAUAAAAAAACCUUUAGCGCUUUUUAUCCAGUUAAACUUUGACAUGCCUUUGUUCCGCAGAUGCGCAAGUGUCACAAGAGCGCAGAAAGGCAAAAAGCAGAACUGGAGAGCAGCAAAGCUCCUAAACAUUAGCCAUGAGGCUACGGGUUCCAUGAGCCAGAGUGGUGAGUGUCCAAAACAACAACGACGACAAAAACAUAUGGGGGAGGUGGGUUUGGGGUUAUCUCCAUGGCAACUCCCUGAGCGCAGUUUUAGCAGAUGCCUUGUACCGCACGUGCUUGCUUCCGUCCCAGCCUUCCCUCUCCAGUGGCUGACUGACUGACCGACCGUGUAAAGGCCAGUCCUGAUGGGCUCGGCGCACGCAGUGCGCUGUCUGACCCGGGGGCUGAUUCCCUUCCUCUUCCCCUGGAUCUCUCCUGCUUUCCGGUCGCCCAGUGCAGACUUCCUUCCUCCUCCUUGUCUUUCUGUCUUUCUCGCUCUUUCUCCAGUGAUCAGUCCAUCAUCUCCUCCUCUUUUUCAUCCUGCUGUUGGGGGCAGGGGGGUUGAAAGUACCCAUUGGAGUGUUGCCCAAUCAGGUUAUGGUCCAUGUCCAGGGUGUGUCCUCAGUCCUGCAUGGCUGAUAUCCUGUGGCUGACCUUUACCCCAUUCCCCCCAACCCACCCAAUGCAUGCAAGCUGCUCCUGUCUGUUUUAUAUAUCUGUGGGUCUGUCUUGUCUUUUCUCAUCAUGUCUGUCUCUCUAACCUCGUUUUCUGUUCAUUUCCUCUCUCUUUCUUUCUUUCUUUCUUUCUUUCUUUCUUUCUCUCUCUCUGUCUCUCUCUCGCGCUUAUAACUCUGUUCCGUCUGCAUCCGACCCAAGAGAGAAAAGUGACCUUCAAGCUGUCAAUCUGAAGCCAGUAAAACGUUGGCCUACCGAGAUGGUCUUCAGUCAGAAACGAUUGUAUAUGUUUUAAAAGGAACAGGGAAAAAACAAGACCCCCCAUCCCCCCUUCAGUAAUGGAAAAAAAAAUGUCCUCCCUUUCCUUGAAUCAAGGAAACGAAAACCGACGUCAAGAAAAAUGUUAUUGCAGCUGUUUUUUUCUUUCGUUUAUAACCUGGUAGUGAAUUUGUUUCGUUUUUUUUUUUUUUUUGCCCUUCUUAACCUAUUGCACUGCUAUGGUGAAAACAGACUGCACUCUUAAGGGGACCAGUGUAUUGGUGCCAACGUUCACUUUGAUGAGUCUUGAUGAGUGAGCUAUAAAGUGACCCUGAGGGAGCCUGCCCCUCUAUGUGACUUUCCACUGGCUGGACAUCCUUUUUUUUCUGCAAUCUGCCAGCCACUCUUUGUAAAUGUGCAUGCAUAUUGCUACGUCCAGUACAUCUCUAGAAAUAAGGAGCGCGACAGACGCCCAUGCAGCCACCUGCACAGCAGCCUCAGCCGCAUGUGACCACGGGCAACAAGGUCGACCACAUUCUGCAUGGAGCAAAAAUACAAUCAACACAACCUACCCCCCCCCCCCCCCACCCCCAAUCACCCUUCCUCGGAUCAACAUGGACCAGAGACUUGAGCUGUGUCAUCGAGAUGCCAAAAUGAACGCCUCCCUUCUGUGAAGCCGCCAUCCUCAUCAGGCUUCCGGCAGAGUGAACGCGCAGUGUGUGUGUGUGUGUGUGUGUGUGUGUGUGUGUGUGUGUAUAUAUGUGUGUGUGCCAAAAGAGGUGCAGCAAGCUCUGGCCUUCUGGGGAGGGGGUAGCUCUAUGUGUGUUUGUUUUCUGUGUGUAUGUGACAACGAUUACUGUGACCGUGAAAAGACUAGCAUUUGCUUCCUUUUUCCACUUUUGCAUAAAUCCAUUUGAUGUGAUAAACCCAA